AUCAAUCCGCAUAAAUCAAUCAGUCAUGUCUAUUCCCGUUUCUUCUUUCACCUUGAAGGUGCAGGGUGAUGAGCCCGUUCAGGACCAUGUUGGUGCUUCUUUCCGUGUCACCAUGGCCGCGAUUGACUCUGCUGUCUCUGGCGACAAGCCCGUUACCUUGAAGGCCAUUAGGCUCAUCACCACUGGCCCUGACUCUGAUGAUGAGGAUGAGGAGGACGAGGUUGAGGAGGAUGAGGCCCUCGAGCCCACUGUGGAAAUGGAGGAGAUCAUUCUCUGUACUCUUGUCCCUGGAAAGAUCUACCAGCAGCCUCUGGACAUCGUUUUCGCUGAGGAUGAGGAUGUUGCUUUCGUCUGCACUGGUAACGAGGAUGCUGUCGUGUACUUGAGCGGAAACUACAUCGUCAGACCUGGAGAGGAUAUGGAGGACGAGGAUGAGGAUGACUACGACUACUCUCCUGAUGAGGAUGAGCUCGACAUGUAUGGUGAGGAGAACGACUCUGAGGAGGAUGAGCUUGACGACAUUGAGGAGGGCAAGAUCACCGAGGUCAAGGAUGAGCCUUCUAAGAAGCGUUCAGCUGACGACUUGGACGAGAUUAUGGAGGAUGCUGCGGCGCAGGCUGUUCAGGAGGCUACUGGCAAGGUCUUGAAGGGUGCUAAGAAGGCUGCUGCUACCGCUAGCGUCACCGCCGACGAUGUCAAGCCUCUGACCAAGAACCAGAAGAAGAAGCUCAAGGCCAACGAUGGUAAGGCUGUUGCCACCGAGACCCCCGAGAAGGCGGCUGCCGCUGCUGCCGCUGCUGACACCCCUACCUCCUCUGCGAAGAAGAACGUUGCUUUCGCUAAGAACCUCGAGAUGGGCCCCACUGGCUCCACCGCUUCCCCUGCGGCCGCUUCAGCUAAGCCCACCAAGAAGACUCUCGAGGGCGGUGUCGUUGUUGAAGACAAUAAGAUCGGCAAGGGUCCUCAGGCCAAGGCCGGAAAGAAGGUCGGUAUGCGUUACAUUGGUCGUCUUUUGAACGGCAAGGUUUUCGACUCCUCGACUUCCGGCAAGCCCUUCAUGUUCACUCUCGGCAAGGGUGAGGUUAUUAAGGGAUGGGAUAUUGGUAUCGCCGGUAUGGCUUUGGAGGGUGAGAGGAAGAUCACUAUCCCUGCUGAGUUGGCAUACGGAAAGAAGGGUGUUCCCGGCAUUCCCCCGAACUCCACCUUGGUGUUCGAGGUCAAGCUGGUCAAGAUGGCUUAAGCGGUUAGCUAUCCUUAAGUAAUUCCAAUAAAAAGACCAUAUCUUCACAAACACU